AUCUUAUAACCCUCGCCUCCUUGGUCCUCUCUCUCUAGCUCCUCUCUCUCCCACCGCUUCGACGCCAUGCCGAAGCACUAUCGCCCCGCCGGGAAGAAGAAGGAGGGAAACGCCGCCAAGUAUGUGACGAGGUCACAAGCUGUGAAAUACCUCCAAGUUAGCCUUCCUGUAUUCAGGAGACUAUGCAUCCUCAAAGGUGUAUUUCCUCGGGAACCAAAGAAGAAGGUGAAGGGAAACCACCAUUCUUAUUAUCACACAAAAGAUCUCAUGUUUCUUAAACAUGAGCCUCUUCUUGAAAAAUUUAGAGACAUGCGAACUUAUGAGAGGAAAGUGAAGAAAGCCGUGUCAAAGAAGAAUAGAGAUCUCGCGGAACGGCUGUUGAGGCGGAAGCCCACUUACACUCUUGAUAUGCUCAUUAAGGAGAGGUAUCCAAAAUUUAUUGAUGCAGUAAGAGACCUUGAUGACUGCCUUAGUAUGGUACACCUAUUUGCUGCAUUGCCUGCUGUGGAUAGAAUUGUAGAUGGAGAAAAGAUUCCUGUAAGCCGAGUCCAUAAUUGCCGAAGGUUGAGUCAAGAGUGGCAGGCAUACAUUUCUCGCACCCAUAAACUACGGAAGACUUUCAUUUCUGUGAAAGGAAUUUAUUAUCAAGCAGAGGUCGAGGGGCAAAAAGUUACUUGGUUAACUCCUCAUGCAUUGCAACAAGUACUGCCUGAAGUGGAUUACAGGGUCUUGCUUACCUUUUUGGAAUUUUAUGAGACUCUUCUUGCAUUUGUUAACCACAGACUCUAUCAUUCAAUAAAUGUGACAUAUCCACCAAUUCUUGACCCUCGGUUGGAAGCUCUGUCUGCAGAUCUUUAUGCAUUGUCAAGAUAUCUUGAUGCCAACGGCCAAAUGAGUACAAAAGCCGUCACCUCAUCUGGCUCUGAGCCAGCUGAACAUCAACAGGAUCAAGCUGGUGAUUUAAUGCAACAGCUUCCUUCCAAUGAACCUGGUGCUUUGAUGCACCUUCUUGAAGAUGCUUCUAGGGAGGAUGAGGAAGAUUCAGAGACUAGGGAAUGCAAAUAUCUCUUCAGGAACAUUAAAUUCUUCUUAAGUCGUGAGUCUCCUAGAGAGUCGUUGCUGUUUAUCAUCCCUGCAUUUGGUGGCAAAGUUUCUUGGGAAGGUGCCGGUGCACCUUAUGAUGAGUCUGAACAAAGCAUCACUCAUCAGAUUGUUGAUAGGCCAACUCAAGGACAUAAGUUCCUUUCCAGAGAAUACAUCCAACCUCAGUGGGUUUAUGAUUGUAUAAAUGCACACAUCAUUUUACCUACUGAGAAAUAUAUUGUCGGAUGUGUACCUCCACCGCAUUUGUCUCCAUUUGUAGAUAAUGAUGCUGAGGGUCAUGUUCCUGAGUAUGCUGAAGCUAUUGAGCGACUAAAGGCUGCCGAAAGAAAGGAAGUCUUGCCAUUGCCUGGCAUGGGAAAAGAGGAUUUGGACGACCCUCAAAGUUUACUAGGCAUCAUUGAUCGGGCAGAAGCUAUCGAGGCUGCUAAGAAGAAACAGAAGAUGUUAAUGCAGGAGAAGAAGUACCAUGAAGAACUGAAGCUAGAGCUUCAAGGUGCUCAGUUGCCUUCUCUCCAAAGUGGCGUUGAAGUUGAGGAUGCUGAAGAAGAUGCUUUACCUGAUCUGCAACAAAGGGCCAAGGAUGCUGAUAGCAUGUCUGAGGUUUCUAUGUCGCGCAAGAAGAGGAAACUUCUAGAAGCAAUGAAGAUUGGUAAAAAGAGGAAAGAGGACGGAGUAAAUCUCCUAAAAGAACGGAAGCGGAGAAUCGACCAAGCUAAGAAGAGCUCGUCGUAAAAUCGAUGUUUGUAGGAUCCACUUUAAAUCUUAUUAUUAUGUAUUUUUAUCAGAGAAAGGAUGGGUUUGAUAUAUCUAAAUACCUGGCAAAUCAUAUUUGGUGAUUAGCUGACAAUUUUGUUGAAACGCCCGGCGCUUUUGUUGUAUUUCAAUUUUCGAUCAGUAUCUUCUAGUUUUUCUCUA